AACAAGAAGGUGAGGGAAUAUACCCUCCUAACUCAAGGGGGUAACAUGACGGUGAAGGAACUUGAGUACAAGUUUCGGGACCUUGCCGACUACAUACCGGAGUACGCUUGUGAUGAGAACCGGAUGGUGAACCACUUUUGGGAUGCCCUAGACUUGGAGAUACGUGAUAGGGCAACACAAUUGCCUAACAUGACCUUCGCCCAAGUGGUAGACCAAGCCUUGAAGGGCGAAAAACAGUGGGAAGAAAGGAAGAAAAGAGACGCCGAGGAGGCGAAGAAAAGAAAAUGGGAGAACCAUGGCCCCCAAGGUUCUAACAAGAAGGGGAACCACGGGGGAGGUAGCUCAUUUAGAACCCCUGCACCACCAUCGAAGGGAAACCAAGGCCCAACCGGGCAAAGCUCGAGGUCACAAAACUCGGGAGUACCAAGGUGCAGCAACUGCAAGAAGCUUCACCAAGGCAAGUGCCGUGAUCCCCCGAGAUGCUAUCAAUGCGGGGAGGUCGGGCACAUGAAGGUGAGUUGCCCACAACUUGGGCGAGCCGUGGGUGCCGGACCAAGCAGUGGAACCAUGGUGAGCAGGAACCGAACGGGAGCACCGAGUGCAAGCAUGGGGCACGGUGGAGCUAGCACAAGCAAUGCACCGUCCGUUAAUCAAGGGAGGACCCAAGCGAGGGUCUAUGCGAUUACGGAGGCCGAUGCACGUGCUAACCCGGACUCCGUUGCGGGUAAAUUCAUGAACAUUUGAUGUUAAUUUCUUGUAAACCUUUUAAAUGUUGAAAUGUAUAAGUUAUAUGGCCAACCCAGCCUGUUUAAAGUUCAAAGGAGUGGACAGAUAUCUGCCUGGGGCGAAAGCCGCCCGGCUUUGACGAACGUCGCCCGACGUUUGUCUAUGGUUUAUUACAUAAAUCCUACGGCGACCAUAAGCCGCCCGAUGUUGACGAAAGCCGCCCGGCUUUCGUAGAGGAUUUUUGUUAAAAUCAUUCGGCGGAGGAAAACCGGCCGAGUUUCGUAAAAACCGGCCGGCUUGUGUUCAGGCAUCUCCGGUGUGAGGCACUGUUAACGAAAACCGGCCGGCAUUCGUAAGAACCGGCCGGCUUUUAGGAAUUAAAAUUGGGAAUUCUUUCGGCGACCGAAAACCGGCCGGCUUUGGCAAAAAACGGCCGGCUUACGUAACCCUUCUUGCCGAG